CACAAAUGUAUAAACUGUGCAGUGAGCAGUUAUCACAACAAGAUCACUAUGAUUUUGGAAUGAGAGCUGUAAAAUCUGUCCUGGUCAUGGCUGGCUCACUCAAAAGAGAACAUCCAAAUUUAAAUGAGGAUGUUGUCCUUAUUCGUGCUUUACGGGACUCAAAUCUACCAAAGUUUUUAACAGAUGAUGCUGAACUCUUCAGUGGCAUCAUAUCUGACCUCUUCCCUGGAGUUAUUAUUCCUGAACACGACUAUGGUUCUUUACAGUCUACCAUCAUAGAUGUAAUGCUUGCCCGGGGUCUACAG